AUGUUUGCUCUUCGAGCUCUGACCAGCAUCAUCUGUGCAGCCAUUAGUGUGGGCGCGGCCUCUCCACAAGUUCGAUUGGGGACAACCACACUGGUCGGAAGGGAUGUGACGCUCUUAAAACAAGACUUCUUUGGUGGCAUCCCUUUCGCGGAACCACCUCUUGGGAGUCUUCGCCUCCUGCCCCCAGUGCUGAAGACCAGUCUUAACGCUACUACAUUCGAUGCUAGCAAUUUUGGAUUUUCGUGCUUGCAGUCAGUAAUUCCUAUUGCUGAAUUGUCGGAAGAUUGUUUGACGAUAAAUGUUUUCCGGCCAUCUGGUGUAGAAUCAAACGCUUCCCUUCCGGUGAUGUUCUGGACCUACGGUGGGGGCUUUCAAGCAGGAUCUUCGGCUGAGUUCAAUGCAAGUGCAAUCGUAGCUCAAAGUGUUGUCCGGGGAACUCCCAUCGUCUACGUGAAUUUCAAUUACCGCCUUGGGCCCUUGGGAUUCCCUCAAGGACAAGAGGCAGCGAAUCGCAAAGUCUUGAAUUUAGCACUACACGAUCAGAUCGCAGCUUUGACAUGGGUUCAAGAAAAUAUUGGUGCCUUUGGAGGGGAUAAGAACAAGGUCACAGUAUUUGGAGAAAGCGCAGGAGCAAUCAUGACGUCCGUCCAGCUCUUGAAUCCUUCAUUUUCAAAGUUUGCAAGAGCAGCGAUCCUUGAGUCAGGUUCAGCUGCAAGUUCUCUGACGUUUGAUGCUCAACACCGACAGGUGGAUUGGGAUAAUUUUGUCGCAGGAGUUCCUGGUUGUGCGGAACUGUCGAACACGAACAAUACAUUCGGCUGUUUGCAAUCUGUCAAUACUACAGCCAUCCUUAGUGGUUUAGUCAUCGCCCAGAAUGAAGCACCAGAGGAGAUUCCAUGGAAUCCUACUAUUGACGGGGAAGGUGGAUUUAUGCCAGAACUCCCAUCGUUACUCUUCGCACAGGGAACGUUUGCCAAGAUACCAUUCAUCUCUGGAACAAACUUGGACGAAGGAACAUCCUUCACUCCGCCCACUGUUAAUUACACCACGGAGCUCAUUAUGGACCUUCUUGUAGCCAACUUUUCUCCUCCAGCCGUUCCCUCCAUUUCGGAAACUCAGCUGGAAAAUGCAAUAAUGCGCUUGCUGGAAUUAUACCCGGACGUACCCGCUCUUGGUUCACCUUUCAAUACCGGAAAUGACACCUUUGGGCUCAGUUCAGGAUACAAACGAGUUGCUGCUCUACUUGGAGACAUUAGCUUUCAGUCUCAGCGACGGCUGUGGAUACAGACAGCGAGUAAUGCGGGUGUGAAGACUUUCAGCUACCUGUUCACGCAACCACAACCCACCAAUCCGGCUUACCUUGUGUCUCAUGGGUCAGAAAUUGCCUUCGUUUAUGGUGCACCACCAAACGCAACUGCUUCUGCGACUGGAUUGAGCGAGGCAAUGAUUGAAUACUGGGUUUCGUUCGCUACGAGCCUGGACCCAAAUGAUGGAAAGGGCAUUUCUCGUCCAACGUGGGAGCAGUAUACUCCUCAAAACCAAGUUGUCAUACAACUGAACGGCGAUAAUACAACUAUGAUCCCGGAUGAUUAUCGCAAAGCAGGAAUUGACUUCAUGAACUCAAUGCCUUUGACCUUUCACCAUAGACGCUCCUUGUAA